AUGGACGAACGGCCCACUCCAGCAGACACCGAUGUCCCUGGAGGCUUUCCAGUCACGCCAUCUGUACGUAAGGAGAACCGCUCAACACCAGCUGCUGUUUUCGAAAGCCGCCCCAUUGAUGAUGUUCGAAGCGAUCAGAACCGUCGAACUCCCACCCAGCUAACUUCCAGCCAGCAGUCAUAUUUUAAUGCAGUGACGACAGAUACACCUGAGCAACAUGGCCUACCAGCUUCAGAAGUAACCUUGGUGUCCGGUGGGUCGUCUAAUGCCGGUCCCCCACCCGAUGGUCCUGAGACGCCAACUGGGAGACACGAGAAGACUGCUCAGUCAUCAAGCAGCUCCCAGUCAGAAUCAUUCACCGAAGUCCCCAUGAACAGAACAGACUCCAGAUACACACCUCUCAAAGCUGCUCCAACGGCCGAGGAAAAGCGGCCUGGUCUCCAACAGCGCAAAAGCAUUCGAUCAGAAGACGAUCUCUUCAAAGUCCUUUCACAACGCCGACAAAGCGCCUCAGGUAAGUCUGAGGCCGACCUCCAGGAAGAGCAUCAAGAAAUCGAAAAAUUGAUGUCGCGAAUGUUCGGGAAGGCACGCCAGGAACAUAGCGAAGAAGAAAAAACACGGCAUAGUGGUGUUGUCUUCCGUAAUCUGACAGUCAAGGGAGCAGGCCUGGGUGCUAGUCUACAGCCUACGGUUGGCGAUAUCUUUCUUGGUCUCCCGCGAACUAUUAAGACAUUUCUCACCCGCGGCGCAAAGGCUGCAUCUGGGAAACCUCCGAUCAGAGAACUUCUAAGCAAUUUUGAUGGCUGCGUCCGGCCAGGAGAGAUGCUUCUAGUUUUAGGAAGACCUGGUUCAGGUUGCUCAACAUUUUUGAAAGCAUUUUGCAACCAGAGAGAUGGCUAUGAGGCAGUCGAAGGUGAUGUGACCUAUGGCGGCACUGAUGCGUCCAGGAUGAAGAAAGACUUCCGUGGAGAAGUGAUCUACAAUCCUGAAGACGAUCUUCAUUAUGCGACCUUGACUGUGCAAAAAACACUCAAGUUUGCACUUCAGACGCGAACUCCUGGGAAAGAAUCUAGGCUUGAAGGAGAAAGCCGAGAAGAUUACAUGUCUGAGUUCAUGCGUGUUGUGACCAAGCUUUUCUGGAUUGAACAUACUUUGGGCACGAAAGUCGGGAAUGAGUUCGUGCGAGGAGUCUCUGGUGGAGAGAAGAAACGUGUAAGCAUUGCAGAAGCCAUGAUCACAAGAGCUUCCGUCCAAGGUUGGGAUAACUCAAGUCGGGGUCUGGAUGCCAGUACAGCACUUGAAUAUGUGCAGUCAAUUCGUACACUUACAAAUAUGGCAGAUACUUCUACAGCAGUAUCCCUCUACCAGGCAGGCGAAAACCUUUACCGCUUAGUAGACAAGGUACUACUGAUCGAUGAAGGGAAAUGCCUCUACUUCGGCCCAGCAGAUAACGCAAAGCAAUAUUUCCUUGACUUGGGAUUUGAUUGUCCGGAGCGUUGGACUACAGCGGAUUUCCUCACUUCUGUCAGUGACACACAUGAGCGAUCCGUCCGAAAAGGCUGGGAAAACCGUAUCCCACGAAGCGCGGCAGACUUUGAUGCGUUCUACCGCAAAAGCGAUGCUUAUAAAAUGAAUCUGGAAGAUAUCACAGAUUUCGAAGCUCAUCUUGAAGAUCAGCGUCGUGCUCGUCUCGAAAAUCGGUCUAAGAAGAACAAGAAGAAGAAUUACACCAUCCCCUUCCACCAGCAGGUUAUUGCUUGCACUCAACGGCAAUUCUUCAUCAUGUUGGGGGAUAAAGCGUCACUUAUUGGUAAAUGGGGUGGCAUCGUUUUCCAGGGCCUCAUUGUUGGAAGCUUAUUCUUUCAAAUGCCAAAAACAGCAUCUGGAGCUUUUCCCAGGGGUGGUGCGAUAUUUUUCGUUUUACUUUUCAAUGCUCUGUUGGCCCUUGCUGAGAUGACGGCGGCAUUUCAGUCGAAACCCAUCCUACUCAAGCACAAGUCAUUCUCGUUUCACCGUCCCGCGGCUUUCGCCCUCGCUCAAACUGUGGUCGAUGUCCCUCUCGUCUUCAUCCAGGUCAUUCUCUUCAAUGUGAUAAUCUACUGGAUGGGUGGAUUGGCAGCAUCUGCCUCGCAAUUCUUCAUCAGCUGCAUGAUUCUCUGGUUGGUCACAAUGGUCACUUAUGCCUUCUUCAGGAGCAUAUCUGCAUUAUGCAAGACGCUUGACGAUGCUACAAAAUUCACUGGUAUCGCCAUACAGAUCUUGAUUGUCUACACGGGAUAUCUCAUUCCACCCGCCCAAAUGAAACCAUGGUUUAGCUGGCUACGCUGGAUCAAUUGGAUCCAAUACGGCUUCGAAUGCCUGAUGGCGAACGAAUUCACUGGGUUGAUCAUGGAAUGUGAUGGCUUGAACUUAGUACCCCAAACAAGAGAUGCAUCUCCACAGUACCAAUCAUGUGCGCUUGCGGGAAGUCUGCCCGGAGUGACAGAUGUUGACGGCGCUCGUUACAUCUUACAAUCGUUCACCUAUUCUAGAUCUCAUUUGUGGCGCAAUUUUGGCUUUCUCUGGGCCUUCUUUCUUUUCUUCCUUGCAUUGACCUGCUUCGGAAUGGAAAUGAUGAAGCCGAAUGCUGGUGGCGCAGCGAUGACAGUCUUUAAACGUGGUCAGGUUCCGAAAAGAGUGGAGGAAUCCAUCGCAACCGGUGGCCGUGAAAAGGGUUUCAAGGAUGACGAGGAGACUGGCAAGCAACCUCAGGGAACUUCGGGUGGACGGGAAAAAAUUUCUCACGAAUCAUCUGAGUCCGGCAAAGGCGACGUCACAGAUCAGGUUGCCCAAAACGAAACGGUCUACACGUUCCGAGGUAUCAAUUACACCAUUCCAGUUGAGAAGGGUGAGCGAAAAUUGCUAGCAGAUGUCCAAGGUUAUGUCCGACCCGGGAAACUUACCGCUCUCAUGGGUGCCAGUGGUGCUGGCAAGACCACUUUACUCAAUGCCCUUGCUCAGCGUCUCAACUUCGGCACGGUCACGGGCGAGUUUCUAGUUGACGGCCGCCCUCUACCCAAAUCCUUCCAAAGAGCAACUGGUUUCGCAGAGCAGAUGGAUGUCCACGAGGCAACAGCUACAGUGCGGGAGGCCUUGCAAUUUUCAGCACUGCUAAGACAGCCCAAGGAAGUGCCCGUUGAGGAGAAGUAUGCAUACUGCCAAACGAUCCUUGACCUUCUUGAGAUGAACGAUAUUGCCGGUGCAACCAUUGGCACUAUUGGUGAAGGUUUGAAUCAGGAACAGAGAAAACGCUUAACAAUCGGAGUCGAGCUUGCAAGUAAGCCUGAAUUAUUGAUGUUUCUAGAUGAACCGACAUCUGGCCUUGAUUCAGCAGCUGCGUUCAACAUCGUCCGAUUCUUGAGAAAAUUGGCCGAUGCCGGCCAAGCUAUCUUGUGCACGAUUCAUCAGCCUUCAGCUGUACUUUUUGAACACUUCGACGAACUUCUGCUGUUGAAGUCUGGCGGCAGAGUCGUCUACCACGGACCAUUGGGCCACGAUUCACAAGAGUUGAUCCAGUACUUCCAGAACAAUGGGGCUUCAAGAUGCCCACCGGAAGCUAAUCCAGCAGAAUACAUGCUCGAGGCAAUUGGCGCUGGUGAUCCGAACUACAAGGGAAAAGACUGGGGUGAUAUAUGGUCGCAGUCAGAAAACCACCAAAAGAGAACGGAUGAGAUCGCAGACAUGAUAGAGAGAAGGAAGAAUGUUGAAAUGAGCAAGAAUCUUAAGGAUGACAGGGAAUACGCCAUGCCUCUAGGUGUCCAAACAAUGGCGGUGGUCAAAAGAGCUUUCGUGUCAUACUGGCGUACGCCAAAUUACAUCGUCGGCAAAUUUAUUCUCCACAUCAUGACCGGUCUCUUCACUACUUUCACAUUCUAUCAUCUAGGUUUUGCUCGCAUCGACUUUCAAUCUCGCCUAUUCGCCGUCUUCAUGACACUCACUAUUUCACCACCACUCAUACAACAGCUUCAGCCAGUCUUUCUCAACAGUCGAAAUGUCUUCCAGUCCAGAGAAAAUAAUGCGAAGAUAUACUCAUGGUUUGCAUGGACGACUGGUGCGGUCCUGGUCGAAAUACCAUAUUCGCUGAUGGCAGGCACGGUUUACUACUGUUGCUUCUGGUUCGGUAUUAUUGGCUAUCGCAGUUCGACCUCAUCCUUCACAUCUGGGUUUGUCUUGCUCUGCAUUCUCUUAUUCGAACUUUACUACGUCAGCUUCGGACAAGCCAUCGCCGCAUUCGCACCAAAUGAGCUUCUCGCAAGUUUGCUAGUGCCGCUCUUCUUCCUCUUCGUGGUCUCCUUCUGUGGUGUGGUCGUUCCACCAAUGCAGCUUCCAUAUUUCUGGUCCAGUUGGAUGUACAAAUUGUCACCCUUCACAUAUAUUCUGGAGGCUAUGCUUGGCGCUAUUGUCCAUGCCGAACCUGUCCAAUGUAACGAGCAGGAAUUCGCACGGUUUCCGGCACCACCUGGCCAGACCUGCCAGUCUUACGUCCAACCAUUCAUCGACGAAGCAGGAGGAUAUGUUCAAACCGCAUCAGACGGACUCUGCGAGUUCUGCCAAUUUGCAAAUGGUGAUCAAUUCGCCCGUGGAUUCAGUGUAUACUAUUCGAACAUCUGGCGGGACUUUGGUAUCUUCUGCGCCUUCAUCAUCUUCAAUUAUGCGGUGGUGUACUUUGCAACAUACCUGAGGUUCAAGGGAACGAAUCCUUUCAAGAAGAUUAUGGCCAAGAAGGCUCAGAAGAAAUCUGGUUGA